CAAUCUUCUCAGUCAGUCCAUCAGUACUCUCUGAGAUUGGACAGAGGAAAAGAGAGAGAAAGUGAGAAAGAGAGAGAAGACCGAGUGAAAGACUGAGAGCAUCCCUCUCUUUUCAGACUCGAUGACAGUAAAUAAUCCAGAGGUUCUGCAGUGGAGUUAAGAAAUGAAAAUCAAUCUCUUUUAGAAAUCUCUUUAAGCAGAACCCCUACGCGAAAUAAAAACUUUCUAGGAUUUGGAGAAAAAAAGCGAACAGGACAGACCCGGGCGUAAAGUUCACCCGCCUGGCGCUUUAUGUGUUAAAGCAACCAUGCCCUUCCUCCUGCGCCUCAUCCUCUUCCUCAUUCCAAGCCCUGCCCUGCUUUCCCGUAGUGCAUCUCUUCCCUCUGAACCACAGCCAGUCAAGAUGGUGAUAUCAGAGAGGUGUGUUUCUGACCCCAACACAGUGGAGGGUCAGGAGGUUGACCUGACGCCCGGUUCUCCUUUAGUUCUCACCCACCGGAUCCGCCUGGUUCCCAGCGCUGCGUCCGGUCCGUGCUGCAAGGCUGAAUAUGCAGCUCUUCAUGAGCGAAUCGAGGCAUUGGAGAGGGAGGUUUCAGAGCUCAGGGAGAAAUGUGGAGGUCCGGACGGCGGCUGCUGUACAUCCCAGCAAAGUAGAGGAGCGGGCUGCACCACUGAUCAGUGUUUGAAUGACUGCAAUGACCAGGGUCGCUGUGUCGACGGGAAGUGUGUGUGUUUCUCCGGAUUCAGCGGACCUGACUGUAGUCUGCCCGACUGCCCAGGAGGCUGCAACAACAAGGGGAAGUGUGUGAAUGGCACAUGCGUGUGUGAUCCCGGGUUUACAGGACCAGACUGCACAAUUAAAACAUGUCCCAAAAAUUGCAGUAGCCAUGGCCGGUGUGUGAAGGGAAGGUGUGUGUGUGAUACAGGAUUCAUCGGACCAGACUGCUCAAAUGCACAGUGUCCUGGAAAUUGCAAUAAGAAAGGCAGGUGUGUAAAUGGGAAAUGCGAAUGCAAUCCUGGAUUCACUGGACCAGAGUGCUCGGAAAGGUCCUGUCCCGGAAAUUGCAACAACCAAGGCAGGUGCGUGAAUGGAAAGUGUGUGUGUGAUGAAGGAUUCACAGGUUCAGAUUGUUCUGAAAGGUCCUGCCCUGGAAAUUGCAAUAAAAAAGGCAGGUGUGUGAAUGGAAAGUGUGUGUGCAAUCCUGGAUACACAAGUCCAGACUGCUCUGAAAGGUCCUGCCCCAGAAACUGCAACAACAAUGGAAAAUGUGUGAAAGGGAAGUGUGUGUGUGAUGCUGGAUUCACAGGACCAGACUGUUCAGAACUGUCGUGCCCUGGAAAUUGCAACAAAAAAGGCAGGUGUGUGAAUGGACAGUGUGUGUGUAAUACUGGAUUCACAGGUGCAGACUGCUCGGAAAGGUCCUGCCCUGGAAAUUGCAAUGACAGAGGACAAUGUGUGAAUGGUAAGUGUGUGUGCGAUGCUGAAUUCACAGGUCCAGACUGUGCAGAACAAUCCUGCCCCGGAAAUUGUAACGAUAAAGGCAGGUGUGUGAACGGGAAAUGUGUGUGCGAUACCGGGUUCACAGGUCCAGACUGUUUAGAACAGUCCUGCCCCGGAAAUUGCAACGAUAAAGGGAGGUGUGUGAAUGGGGAAUGUGUGUGCGAUACCGGGUUCACAGGAGCAGAUUGUUCUGAAAGGUCCUGCCCUGGAAAUUGCAACGACAACGGCAGGUGUGUGAACGGAGAGUGUGUGUGUGAUACCGGGUUCACAGGAGCAGAUUGUUCUGACAGGUCCUGCCCUGGAAAUUGCAACGACAACGGCAGGUGUGUGAACGGAGAGUGUGUGUGCGAUACCGGGUUCACAGGAGCAGAUUGUUCUGAAAGGUCUUGCCCUGGAAAUUGCAACGACAAAGGCAGGUGUGUGGAUGGGGAGUGUGUGUGCCAUACCGGAUUCACAGGAGCAGAUUGUUCUGAAAGGUCUUGCCCUGGAAACUGCAACGACAAAGGCAGGUGUGUGAACGGGAAGUGUGUGUGCGAUGAUGGAUUCACAGGUCCAGAAUGCUCUGAAAAGUCCUGCCUCAACAACUGCAACAACAAAGGCAGGUGUGUGGACGGGAAGUGUGUGUGCAAUACUGGAUUCACGGGACAAGAUUGUUCUGAGAGGUCUUGUCCUGGAAAUUGCAACAACAAAGGCAAAUGUGUAAAUGGAAGAUGUGUGUGUGAAGUUGGCUUUACUGGACAAGACUGCUCCACCAAGACCUGCCCAAAGAACUGCAGCAAUAAAGGAAGAUGUGUGAAUGGAAAGUGCAUGUGUAAUCCCGGUUUUGCUGAGCCGGAUUGCAGCGAGUGUAAGGUUGGAUUUACAGGCUCUGACUGUGCAACAGAACUGGUUGCUGUGUCUCACUUCAGUGCCAGAAACAUCACAGAAUCUUCAGUUACACUCGUCUGGACUGCAUCGACUUUGGUGCAGUACAGCACUUACCAUAUCACCUUCACCAGUGAGAAAGAAAGUGAUCAGACGAUCACAGCCACGGUGAACGGGGCAAUGAACAGCUACACUCAGGUGGGCCUGGCUCCUGGGCAGCGCUACACUGUGACCAUUGUUGGAGAGAAAGAUGGCAAGAUGGGCGCCGUGAGCACAACAACCUUCCAAACCUUGAUCUCGGGCCCCAAACAUCUUCAAGUCGUCAAGACGAGCACAACAUCCGUGAUCGUCCAGUGGGAGGAAGCGCAGGGAGAAAUCGACAGAUACAUACUCUACGUUUCACCCAACCAGACAGACGGCUCUGGAAAGGGAAGUCAAGAGAUACGGCUGCCACCUGGGCGGGACUCUGCCCAGAUCGAUGGCCUGGAGCCUGGUCGCUUGUACGACAUUUCCGUGGUUGCAGAAAAAGAUGGCACUCGGAGUCUGCCAGCUGCAGUGCAAGCGAUUCCUGACAGGAUGCCGGGCCCUUCUGCUGAUGUCAGGACAUUAGAUGGAAAAGGACCAAAGUUACAGAAUGGAAGAUUUGAAGAAAAGUCAAUUAAGGAAGAAACAACCCCAUCACCUUCUCUUUCUCCAAAAACAACUAAAAUCCAACAUUCUCUGGUGCCACCUGAAACACAGAACCAACCUAUUAAAACUUCUCUUCACUUGCCUCUAUCACCCAAAUAUAGAAAUUCAGGUAGGCCAAAAUUAUCUGGUUCAUCAACAUCGCCAAUAAACCGACGGCCUAAAAUGCCAGGAUACACACGUCCAGCUGGAAACGUAGCCUCUGUUGAACUCCCUGCAGUGAAAAAAGAAACCUUAAAAGGAAAAACAGCCUCCCAAGAAUACCAACCUGAUGAUCAAGACUCACUGAUUGAACCCAAACAAGGGCUCACAAGGGACACAUCAGUAAGAAACUUACCAGAGAUCACCAAUGGACCCAAGUUUCCAAAACACCAAGAGACAGCAAAUAAGACUAUACCAACAGGCCAUCACAUGCUACAUAGAGGUACUUUUCCUCGCCGACCUAAUAUCGGAUCUAAUAUUGGACCAUUCCAACACCGGACCAGCAGCCCUCAUCACUCCAGGAUUCCCCUACGCAGACCAAUCAUGCCCAGAUUCAACAGUACUGUCAAGAACAAAGUAAAACCUUUUAUCAUUAACACCAGCCAAAGCAAUGUAAAUCCCAACGAUAUAUCAAUAUUUACCCCGCCAGGGAGAAACAGAACAGUCAUCAGUCUUGCACCAAAAAAAAAUAACUUGAAAGCUGAUGUUGCAGUAGACAAAAUCAUAAGCAAAGAAUCAAGUACUGUAUUUCCAGCAGAUAAUGAUUCAAACCCUAAAGCUAAUCUAUCGUUGACAAUAGAUCUCCCCAAACGCAAUGAUAGAGUACAGCCUCUAACUGUGAGUACUGAAAACAAAAUUGACCCCAUCUCGCCCAAGGUUACAACCAGAGAUAAGAGCACUGCUAGGCAAACCAUUUCCCUUAACCAAAGGGUGUCUGAAUUCAUCAGUGGUAAGCACAAUGGUUCAAAUUGGAAGAUAAGACCACCCUUUGUACAGAAAAGGAGGAAUAAUACAGUCAUCGGACUUCCAUCAAAACUUCAUACUCGAGUCAAUGUCAACUCAACCACCAUUCAUAGUUUGCUUAAAGAUAGUAGGUAUGAAACAAGGUACAAAGAUGCUAAGGAGCCAAGCAAGGAAUUUCAAAUUGUCUUGCCGACAAGUACUGACAUGAACAACUUUGCUAACCUGGCUUUCUCAACAGAAAGUCCAGUGGGAGCUAAUGAGACAUUUCACACCAUUAGUGAAGUCUUAGAAAAUGUUAUAGAUCAGACAAGCAAAGAAUCCAACCUGGACGGAGUCACAAUCAGAGACUACAAUGUAUCCAAAGACAUAAACAGUGACUACAGAGUCACUCCCAAAGAGCAUGAAUUACCAAAGACUCCAACCAGAGAUGGUGACCUCCUUAGGGUCACAAACAAAGACAGUAACAGUAGUAUGCAAAUGCUUACCAAUCAAAAACUUAAAUCUAACAUCAAAGGUCAUCAAGAAAAUGGGCCCAACUUGAAUGUUAGACCAACAUUGAUAAAUAGAAGAAAAGAUGUCAAAUUUGUCAGACUACCAAAACCUCAUACCCAAAUAAGACCAAAUGCCACCAGAACACACAGUGGGCCGAAAGAUGCAGACACCAAAACAGGCAGCGACCGGGAAUUGUCCAGAAUCACAGACAAGGACAAAGACUUGAAGACUCUUCAAGAAGAAAAAAACGUCACCACCGUUCAGGCUGCUAUAAAAGAUACAGACCCCAGAGUUGAAAAAGAUUCCAGAAAAUCUAUCGCAUUUACUGUUCAACAUGGGGAUGUUACGGCAAUAUUACCAAAGAAAACAAAAAACGUGACAGUCUAUGGACCCACGCUGAAGUCUAAAAUAAAGCCAAACCUUCAUGGUGACACUAAAGGAAGUAAAGAAAUCAGCACCUCGAGGCAUACCACUCCUCAUCGUCACCAAAGACCAAACAUUCCACAGCAAAGGAAAAACGGCACAAUCAUUCGACCCCCACCAAAAGUUCCUCAACUAAGGCCAAACUCCAUUGCAAUUCAUGAUGGCACAAAAGAAAGUCACAAGUCCACAGUUGGUCGUAACCUUGGUUGGUCCACAGGAGUUCCUUUCUCAACAAAGCAAAGAAACACCACACAUCCAAUCACAGAGGUUUCAAAACACAACAUCAACCAAGUUGAAGUUCAGAAUGUGACAUCAAAUGGAUUUAUCAUUAUUUGGGUGGCACCAGAGGGAAGCUUUAAAAACUUUGUGGUCAAGAUAGCAGAGGAGAAUAUUGGUUUAACCAGUAAUCAUGUUGAUCUUGUGAGGAGCAACAGCACCAACGAUGGAAUUAGAAAGAAAUUCUUCAAGUUCCUUCCUGGUUCUGCUCGCUCAUACCCUGUCAUCAAUCUCACCGCUCAAACCGGCUACUCUGUGACCUUUUAUGGAACAGGUCCUGGAUUCCGUUCCAAUGUUCACACCAUCAACAUUACAACAGGUCCUGAGCCUCCCUCAAACCUCUCCUUUGGUGACAUAACCGACUCCUCGCUCACGGUCUCAUGGAGACGACCAAAGAGUAAAGUGUCCGGGUUUAAGGUCACAUACAUACACACUAAAGAAGAAGAGCCGAUCUCGGUGACCGUGGACUCGUCCAGCUCUUCUGUCUCUCUGACCAAGCUCUCGCCCGGGUCCAUGUACGAGGUCAGCGUCAUCUCUUUGCUCAAAUUGGACGAAAGCGAUCCAGUAAAGGACAUCAUCAUGACACUUCCCGACCCACCCAAGGACCUCAGAGCCAUAAACAUCACAGAUACCAAGGCACUGUUGCUAUGGAGACCUGCCUUGGCAAACGUCGACCAGUACAAUAUCACAUACCACCCUGAGGAAGCUCCUGGCUCUGAGUUGAACAUCAAAGUCUCAGGUAACGCAGUAGAACAGCAGCUUCAUGGUCUAAAGUCCUCCACUAAGUACAUCGUCACUAUCAUCAGCCAACUCGGAGAGCAUAAAAGCUCCACCACACACGCCAGCUUCACCACUUCCAGUGGUUCUCCUGGGAAAGGGGAGGCACCUCGGGACCUGAGAGCCAAACAGGUGACGGCACGGACGGCUGUGUUGUCAUGGAAACCACCAGCUACAGCCGUGACGAGUUACAAGCUAACGUACUUCAUCAAGGGCGGAGAGCGCAAGGAAGUGACCCUAAAUCCUGGAGUUAGUGAACAUAUGCUGAAUGGUCUGCAUCCCUCAUCUACAUAUACGGCACUACUGCAGGCCGAGAGGGGCGGAGUCUACACCGCCGCCAUUUCCACGGAGUUCACUACAGGAACGUUGCGCUACCCGUACCCCUCAGACUGCUCUCAGGAGCUGCUGAACGGAGAGCUGCGCUCAGGUUUGGUGGAGAUCUUCCCCGGAGGACAACAGGGACAAACUGUCAAGGUGUACUGUGACAUGGAGACUGACGGAGGGGGGUGGACGGUCUUCCAAAGACGAAAGGAUGGGAAAACCAACUUCUUCCGGAGCUGGAAGGACUAUAAGAACGGCUUCGGAGAUCUGGAGGGAGAGUUCUGGAUCGGAAACGACAUCCUUCACAACCUCACCACGAUGACUCCCAUGAGCAUGAGAGUGGACCUGAGAGCGGGAGAUGAGUCCGUCUACGCGCACUACUCCACGUUCUCCGUCGGCACCUCGAGGAAACACUACAUGGUGCGAGUGUCUGGAUAUUCGGGCACGGCCGGCGACUCUAUGACAUACCACGACAGUCUUCCGUUCUCCACGUUUGACCGUGACCCUCAGCCCUUCAUCACACGCUGUGCCAUGUCAUACAGAGGGGGCUGGUGGUACAGGAACUGCCACGAGGCUAAUCUCAACGGCCUGUACGACACUCAUACCCACCAUCAGGGUGUGAUCUGGACCGCCUGGAAAGGAAAGAAGUUCUCCAUCCCCUUCACCGAGAUGAAACUCCGCCCAGCCUCCUUUAAACCUCAGAGACAGGGAUGAACAGAACAAAAGAAAGAGAGGAACAACACACA